UCUCUCUCUCAUAUUUUUCCUUUCGCUUCGAGAUAGAUUUAUCAUUUUUUUUCUUUUCUGAUAUAUAUAUAUAUAUAUGUUUUGUUAUUAUUAUAUUUUGUAAAAUCCUGAAUAAACUCCUAGUAACAAAGAAAAGGAGAGUCCAGAAAAGAGAAAGCGAGAGAGAGAGAAAGAAAACGAUACCUAAGCUCAAUUAUCUUCUCUGCAACAAACUCCCAAAGGAUCCGAGAGGUGAUAUUUAUAAACAUAUCAUGAAGAAGAAGAUUGAAGUAUUGAUAUGGGAAUAGCUAAAACUUCUUCUACUACUUCUACAAUUCUUUUGAAGACUCUUCACAAUAAUUCUAUGUCCCAAGAUUACCAUCAUCAUCAUCAACACCAAGGAGGAAUCUUCAGCUUCUCUAAUGGAUUCGACCGAUCAGAUUCUCCCAAUUUAAUAGCUCAGCAGAAGCAAGAACAUCAAAGGGUAGAAGAGAUGGACGAGGAAUCCUCAGUCGCCGAAGGAAGUGGGAUUCCGGUCUAUGAAACUGCCGGAAUGUUAUCCGAGAUGUUUAAUUUCCCCGGAAGCAGCCGCGGAGGAAGAGAUCUCGACCACGGCCAAUCUUUAUUCCGGUCAAAUAGGCAGUUGCUUGAUGACCAACAUCAGAAUAUUCCGGCCAUGAAUGCUACGGAUUCUGCCACCGCCACAGCUGCCGCAGCCAUGCAGUUGUUUUUGAUGAAUCCACCGCCACCGCAGCAACAACCACCGACGUCUCCGUCAUCCACAAGCACCACAAGAAGCCACCACAAUUCUUCAACUCUUCAUAUGUUACUUCCAAAUCCAUCCACCAACACAACUGAUCAUCAUCAUAGCUACGAUAAUAAUAAUAUGUCUAUGCAUCAGCUUCCACAUCAGCAUCAUCACCAACAGAUGACGUGGCAGUCUUCUUCCUCCGAUCAUCAUCACAACAACCAAACCGAGAUCGGGACCAUCCACGUGGAAAACAGCGGUGGACGAGGCUUGUCCUUAUCUCUCUCAUCGUCUCUAGAGGCUGCUGCAAAAGCGGAAGAGUAUAGAAACCUUUACUACGGAUCCAACUCUUCUAACGCAUCAUCCCAUCAUCAUCAUCAUCAUCAUCAUCAAUACAAUCAAUUCAAGACUCUUCUUGCUAAUUCUUCUCAGCAUCACCAAGUAUUAAACCAAUUCCGAUCAUCUCCGAGCGCUGCCACGGCUCCUUCCUCUUCCAUCGGAGCCGUCAAUAUCUUAAGACACUCAAGGUACACAACGCCCGCGCAAGAGUUGUUGGAAGAGUUUUGUAGUGUUGGAAGAGGAUUUUUGAAGAAGAACAAACUUAAGAGCAGCUCAAACCCUAAUACUAGCGGUGGCGACGGCGGUGGUGGCAGCUCUCCUUCGUCGGCCGGGGCAAUGAAGGAUCAUCCUCCUUUCUCGGCGUCUGAUCGGAUUGAGCAUCAAAGAAGGAAAGUGAAGCUACUCACCAUGCUUGAAGAGGUGGACCGACGGUACAACCAUUACUGCGAGCAAAUGCAGAUGGUUGUGAACUCUUUCGACAUAAUAAUGGGCCAAGGUGCAGCGUUACCAUACACCGCAUUGGCUCAGAAAGCUAUGUCCAGGCAUUUUCGAUAUUCUCACGCCCUUGUUAGGAAAAAAGGCAAAGAUAGAGUGAUGUCAUUUUCUGGUCUCUUUCUCAGGUAUCCAAGCGAUGCAGAUAAACACCUCUUGGCUCGACAGACUGGUUUAUCCAGAAAUCAGGUGUCAAAUUGGUUCAUUAAUGCUAGGGUUCGUUUAUGGAAACCAAUGGUGGAAGAAAUGUAUCAACAAGAAUCAAAAGAAAGAGAAAGAGAAGAGGAAUUAGAAGUUAACGAAGAAGAUCAAGAAACAAAAAACAGCAACAACGACAAGAGCACGAAAUCCAACAACAAUGAAAGCAACUUCACUGCCUCUCGGACCACUUCACAAACUCCAAUAAUAACCGCACCAGACGUAUCAGACGCAGACGCAGACGCGGCAGUAGCAGUAGCGACAGGCCACCGUCUAAGAUCCGACAUUAAUGCUUACGAAAACGACCCUUCAUCACUUCUACUCCCUUCCUCUUAUUCCAACGCCGCCACUUCGUCUGCCGACUUGGGUUCUCGUUACGGUGGUUCAGCCGCGUUUUCCGCGGUUGCCACGUGUCAACAAGGUGUUGGCGGGUUCGAUAAUGCUGACAUGGGUGGUGUUAACGUCAUAAGGUUUGGGACAAACCCUACCGGUGACGUGUCACUCACGCUUGGUUUACGCCACGCUGGAAACAUGCCUGAUAAGGACCCUUCUUUUUGCGUUAGAGACUUUGGGGGUUUUUAGUUUGUUCUUUUUCUUAAUUCCAUUAAAUUAAUUAUAGUUUCCAUUUUUCAUUUUUACAUUUUUAAAUGAAAAUUCUAUUUAGCCUCUUUAAAAGAUUAAUACUGUACGUUUAGUUUAGCCUUUUAUUCUUUUUCUUUAUCUCGUAAACGAUAUGUAAAUCACUUCUCUAAUUAUACAAUGUACAACAUGUUGUUCACAUA